AUGGUGAACACAAGAGGGCAAGAUUGGUCUCAAAAGCUCAACGAUGCCUUGUGGGCGUAUCGAACUACUUUCAAGACACCCAUUUACAUGUCACUAUACAAUUUAGUCUAUGGGACGGCAUGCAACUUGCCGAUUGAGUUGGAACACAAGGCAUUAUGGGCACUCAAGAGGCUGAAUCUGAAUUGGAAUGAGGUAGUAGAGCUACUACUGGGGAAGCUGAAUGAGAUGGAUGAAUUUUGUCUCAAGGAUUAUGAAAUAGCAUACCCAUACAAGGAAAAUAUGAUGAGAUACCACAAUCAGAGGAUUGAAAAUAGAGACUUUCAGAAAGGCGAUUGGGUGCUCCUCUUUAACUCCAGAAUGAAACUCUUGCCAGGUAAACUUAAUUCAAAGUGCUCUGGUCCAUUCAGAGUUAACCAAGUCUACCCUUCAAAAUUAGUCCAACUCAAAAAUGAAGAUGAGAGUGUCUUCAAGGUCAACGGGUAA